AUGCAAAAUAGACAAGAAACAAUUCCAGUGAUAAAUUUUGCUGGCCUUCAAAUAGAAGACUCCAAACAUAAUAAACCUGAAUCUAGAGAAACCGGUCGGCAAAUAUCUAUUAAUAACAACCCUAUUGAUAAUAACCUUAUUGAUAAUACAGAUUUUGAUAAUCAAAUUCAGCCUGAAAAUUAUUGCUAUCGUCACCGUCCUGAUCUCAUGAGAGAAAGAAUGGCAGAAGAGCUUACCCUUAACGAUUUGCAAAAGCAAAUCGAAAAAUUAUCACAAUCGGAACGGGAAACCGUCACACAUAUAUGGUCGUUGUUUUCCGCCGCACCUCCACAGAAUCGUUGUUUAAUUUUACAGGGUAUAUUAAUUCAGUGCUGUCUUCCUCAAUUAUCGUUCCUUUCAGAUAACCUGAAAGAUUUAAUUCGGAUCGAUUUCAUUGCUGCCCUUCCAAGAGAAUUAUCCUUUAAAAUCCUUUCGUACCUAGACGCAAUUUCAUUAUGUUACGCUGCUCAAGUGUCCAAGACAUGGAGAUACUUUGCUGACGAUAAUGUCGUAUGGCAUAAGUUAUGUGAACAGCACAUAGAUAGGAAAUGUUACAAAUGUGGUUGGGGUUUACCACUUUUGGAACGGAAAAGAAAGUGUAGAAACAACAAACGACCCGUAUCAAAUGAUACCGUAACAUCAUAUUCAACUGUCGCGACAUGUAGUACGGCUAUUGAUAUUCAACGUCAAUCAAUGAGACAUUUACAAACUUCUUCACCUUCAUCUUCAAGUAUACCGCCUUAUAUGAGAGAGAUAAAACGUGCUCGUAUAUCGAAUGACAGAUCAUCAGCUUUAUACCCUGAAAUCUCAAAACCUGAACCUCGACAGACUCGUCCAUGGAAAGAUGUUUAUCGUGAGCGUCUCCUUGUGGAGCGUAAUUGGCGUAAAGGUCGUUAUAACGUUAGAGUGUUAAAAGGUCACACUGAUGGCAUAUUAUGCCUACAGUUUGACGAUGUUACCAAUCGUCUCAUUAGUGGAUCUUUGGAUAAUACCGUUUGCGUGUGGGACCUUGAGACUGGGGAAAUCAUUCAUAUCUUGAAGGAACAUACACGGUGUAUAAGAGCAUUACAAUUUGAUGAUGCGAAGCUUAUUACGGGUUCCAUGGAUGGGACCUUGAAAAUAUGGAAUUAUUAUACGGGUUUAUGCUUAAGAACCUUCCCACACACAAGUGGGAUCGUUUCACUUCAUUUUGAUGAUCGUAUCCUUGCUAGUGGUUCGACGGAUCACAUCAUCAAAGUCUGGAACUUCGCAUCAUGUGAAUGUUUCGUCUUGAAAGGACAUACGGAUUGUGUUAAUCGUGUUGUGAUAUAUAAGCAAUCACAGUUGUUAUCGUGUUCUGACGAUCAAACGAUACGUAUAUGGGAUUUGACGACAAAAUCUUGUUCUAGGGUAUUUAAUCAAAAUACUCACGUUGCUUCGAUUCAAUGUAUCGAACCUGCUUUACUGAGUAACGCCACCCCAUUCAACGAAUUGUUCGGAGAAAAGAAACAACGUAAUGAUUCGGACAAGGUUGAUGAACCUGUGAUCGUUUCUGGUUCAUUAGAUAGUACAAUUAAGAUGUGGUCGAUUGAGACAGGACAAUGUAUACGUACAUUAUUUGGUCAUGUUGAAGGCGUGUGGUCUCUGGCGGUUGAUAAACUCAGAGUGGUUAGUGGAGCUCAUGAUAAAACUGUAAAAAUUUGGGACCAGGAUUCCGGAGAGUGUAUGCAUACAUUAUUCGGUCAUAUGGGAGCGGUUAAUUGUGUUGCGUUAAGUGAUACAAAGAUUAUUUCGGGAAGUGAAGAUAGUGAAAUCAGAAUUUGGGAUUUUAAAAAUUAA